AUGUGGAAGCGCGCCAUCUCCCUCCUCCUCCGCCACCAUCGCUCCGCCCUGGGACCCCGCUCCCCGGCAGCCUCCGCUGCUGCCGCAGCAGGCCUCCGCCGCACGCUGGCGCCGGCGCCGGCGCCCCUCUUCUUCUCCACUCUCGAUGUGGCGGGGACGAGGACGAGGGUGGAGGACGUGAUGCCGAUCGCCACGGGGCUCGAGCGAGAGGAGAUCGAGGCCGAGCUCCAGGGGAAAAAGAGGUUUGACAUGGACGCGCCUGUCGGUCCCUUUGGCACCAAGGAAACUCCUGCUGUGAUUCAGUCAUACUACAACAAAAGGAUUGUUGGUUGCCCUGGUGGCAAAGGAGAAGAUGAACAUGAUGUGGUGUGGUUUUGGUUGGAGAAAGGCAAGCCACAUGAAUGCCCCGUCUGUACUCAAUAUUUCUCGCUUGAUGUGAUUGGGGAAGGAGGAUCUCCUGAUGGACACGAUGACGACGAUGACCACCACCACCAUCAUUAA